AUUCCCGCGACGCAUGUCAUUUCCUCUAUCGUCAUUUCCUCCGUAUCAGGAAGUGUGAGGUGGCUUGUUAGAGCUAUCAAAAUGUCUGCCAUAUUCAAUUUCCAGAGCUUACUCACUGUCAUCUUACUGCUCAUCUGUACUUGUGCAUACAUCAGAGCACUAGCACCAAGUCUGCUUGAUAAGAAUAAAACAGGAUUUCUGGGUAUAUUCUGGAAAUGUGCAAGAAUAGGUGAACGAAAAAGCCCGUAUGUGGCUUUUUGCUGUAUCAUCAUGGCUUUUACCAUUUUGUUUUCAGAGUAACUGUGAGAGAACUUUGGUAGAGGGCAAAUUGGAAAUGGCAUUAUCUAAGAAGAUGUCUCUGCACCAAGGAAUCUGUAAUUUCUCAGCAUUUGGAUUGGAUUUCUCAACUGUCCGACAGUGCUGGCAUUUUGUUAAAGCACAGUUUUUAGGCAUGGGGACAUGAACUGCUUUUGACGUACAAAUUAUACACUUCUCUGCCUCCCAAACUUUUUUUUUUUGUAAACAUCAAUUGCUGUUGUUUGGGCCCUAAUGCUCUCAUCAUCACAGGCCACCGGAACCAUUUUGCUUAUAACAAAAUGUCUGUGGGAUUUGUGUUUCAGUACAAGGCAUGUGGACCAUGUUGUUGCACAUAUGUGCCUUCCUUUGUGAUCAUUCUUGUGAAUGUAUUCAUUUGAAUCCAUUCAGGUUUACCUUGGUUGUACUCUAAAAAAUUAAAAUAUCUUUUUCAAAUAUAAGUUGAGACUUAUAUUAAAUAUUAUAUAAAUAUUAUAUUAUAUUAAAAGAACCAUACCCUUAUCAUCUAAACCUUUAAUUUAUUUCUGUUAUGAUUUCUGCCAUAUACCAUUAGUGGGCAUGCUGUACAUUUUUAAGGAAGACCACCCUAGUUAUGGUUGUAUCUAUGACCUGCUACCAGUACCUCUUGUUUAGAGGUUUUGCAAUCAGUCACAAGUUAAUUUGCACAUCAGAAUACAAUACAAGAAAUGCACUGAAAAUUUGGGAUUAUUGUCUUGAAUUCCAAAAUUAAAGCAGUAAAUUAAACCCCUCUGGAGAUUGUAAAUAAUUAAACAGUAUCCGGUUUGAACCUUCUUUCUUAUCAUAGUAAUGUUUGAAUACAAGAAGCUUGUUUUAUUAACAUGAAGUAUUAACCUCACCACUUUAAGCAGUUAGCAAAAGAUGUCAUUAGUGUUUUUGUUCAAACUAAGUUUUCAUACAUAAGGCUUCCAAGAAGUGGUCUAACUUGCAUAUAAAUCUGUCUUUAUCCUCCAACAAAUUGCAGAGAAAGCUAGUGUUUUUAAGAGUAGUAGUCUCAGGAGGAUAUAGAAAUCCCAAUUAGCCGUUCACCAGGCCCCUCCUGUAGUAUUUGCUGUAAAUGCACUUAAUAUUGCCAGAUGGGAUCCUAACCCUAAAAAGCAACCAUACUCAUAAGCAUUGAUUUGCUAAAUAUUUUAACGUUUUAUAGGACCAAUCUCUGAAGGACACUCAAGUUUGUUUUGAGAUGUCUGUAUAUCUAGACCCUUCUUCACUGUGAGAUUAACAUGAAAAUGAAUUGAUUCUCUGAAAGAUGUCCUCUUGAUGUUAUUUUGGAACCAACCAUUAGAACACAAUAAUUGAUGUAGCUCACAUGAAUGUUUGUGAGAAGUCUACAAAAAAGCACACUAUGAACCAUUUUCAUUUAGGCCCCAGAUGUGUUCUUGUCAAAUGAGAGAGAAAUUUUAUGUCUAUAAUCCAGCAAACAUACAAAAGCAGUUGAGCUGCCGUAAAAAGUAUAGUAGAAAUACAGUAUUGUGGCAGGGCCUUUUUCUUGACAGCUUGUGUCAUUGUUGAGAACAGGCUAGGAUGUGCCCUCCUAGUUUCAAAUGAAAGGAAGAUGGUACAGGCCACUCAUGAGCAACUGCAGUGCUGGGCAUUAUCUCACCUGAUCUUUUUAAAACUUCAUGCUCACCAUUUAUCAUGGGAACUAUAAAAUCAGCAGUAUUAGGAAAUAUUCAACCAUGACAAAAUAAAGACUACUAUUAUGAUAAAAACAAGAAAACAUUUAUUACAAGAUCUGUCAAAAAUUACAUCGGAAAUGUUAUUAAGUGAAAUAUUGAGUGAAGACAAAAUUAAAAUAAUAAAACCAAUCUAAAAAUGUUAAAAUAAAUGUUCUUAUGUUACCUUGGCUUCCUGGAGGUGCUGAGACCUAACUCAGUGAUGCACUUUGGAUCAAAGAACUGGAAGGACUACAAUCACUGUUUCUUGAUUUUCCCAUUGACAGAUUUUACUGAAAAUAAGGUGAAAUACUGUACUACUUUAAACAGAAAUAAAAGAAGCCAACAUUUUAGCAGA